AUGGCAGAACAUCAUACAGGUGCCAACAUUGCCAAUGUUUUGUUGGAAGCAGUAGAAGAAUGGAAACUCCCUUCCAGUCCACCCUUGGUGACGGACAAUGCAUCCAAUAUGGUCGUAGCAGCCAGAGAAAUGGAGAGCGCAAUCCACGUCGGAUGUUUUGCUCACACCCUAAACUUGGCUUGUGGAAGUGCCCUGAAGAUACCCACAGUGUCCAAGCUGUUGGCUAGAAUGCGACGGAUUGUGGCAUUUUUCCACCGUAGUACAAUUGCGACAGCUCUGCUGAAAGAGAAACAACAACUGUUGAACUUACCACAGCACAAGCUCAUCAUCAACGUUCAGACGAGGUGGAACUCUGCUGUAGAUAUGACUUGCCGCUUUCUGGAGCAGCAACCUGCAAUUUUUGCUGCAUUGACAUCGAAGGACUUGAGAGGAAAAGAAAAGGAUUUGUCCACUUUGAGCGAAGAAGAUAUCACGAAUGCUGAGGAGCUGUUGUCUACCCUGACGCCAUUGAAAACUGCUACAGUUGCAUUGUGUGAGGAAAAGGUCCCCACUUUGUCCAUUGUUCUGCCCUUGCAGAACCAGCUGUUGAGUCAUGUGAUGGUGGCACGUGAAGACGACUCCGGCUUCACAAGGAACAUAAAGGCUGCAGUGUCCACGGAUCUUUCUAAGCGAUAUCAUGGAGUGAAAAUGAAACUACUCAUUGCCACUUUACCAGAUCCACGAUUUAAGUCCGUCCCGUUUUUGUCAGACGCUGAAAGAGUCGAGGCGUUUCAGUCACUGAUCUUGCAUGCUGCUGAAUGGUUUGAUGCUCAGUCUGGCCAGGUUACUGAUCAAGCCCAGCCCACUGAAAACCAAAAUGUUGCAGCCUCUGAGCCCACCCUGCCUGCUGAUCACGAGUCUAAUCUUGAGCCAGACUACAAAAAGAUCAAAAUGGAUGCACAGGCUGAUUAG